AUGGCUUCUGACAUUAAGUCUGAACCAGCUUCCUCGCCGUCUACUCUACCGGCUUCCCCCUAUGGAUUAUCCACGGGAAGCUGCCUAUCCACAAUGGCUCCGAGGUUUGCUCAAGCUACGACGAACAUGGUGGGGUCUGAUGGCUCAAGGAUUCCUGAAGAAAUGAUGGCUCGAAGGGAUCGCCUGGAUUUGAUUAGAGAGAGGUUGGGUGCCAAUAACAUUCCACCAGUUUUGCCAGUCUCCUCUACUCCCGCAUUGGUUGCCGCCCUUCCACAGGUCAAUGUUACGGGUGCUUCAAUAGAGAAUUUUCCACCCACUUCAGCUGAUCCGCGAGCAGUCAAAAAUCACGAAGCGUCCACAAAUGUUUCAUUGCAAAGCAAGAAUCCAACUUCUCUACCAUCAUGUUUACUCGAUCGAGGCAUCAAGAUCGAGAAAAUCAUGAAACUCUUUUUCGUGAAAAAUGAGCUGGUGGGGCUGUGCAAAUACAAGAACUGUCUUGUAAUGCAAAUUGUUACCGUCGAAAAGAUUAAAGAAGUAGACCCACAGGCUCUCCUCCGAGCAUACGAGCCAUUAUUCUGGGACACGCAGACCAACGGC